GCACUCCACAAUGUCGCCAUUGUUCCACGUGAAUAAUGCUUUUACGGAUUUUGUUCUCUUUGAGCAGUGACUUUGCAAGGACUAUCUAGAGUUCCUCCGCGUCGCGCUAGCAAAGUUUGAUUUUUGAUCGACCGGGCGGCGCGAGUAAUCCAGGUUCCAGAAUGUGAAUCGAUAAGCUCGAACUUACAUCCAUGAAGUCGUACACCAGUGAAGGGUCAGCAUUACAUUUAGAGGCACUGAGAGGUAUGGCUCGCGACGAAAGUAAUGAGAAGCCGGCGUGUAGCUUCCCUUGGCCUCUCGUGUUUGUUUGUUCGUGGGAUUUUUUUUUCCCCAUUUUUUCCAUUUCCGAGCUCUCAUUUACUCACUCGCUAUGAUCCGAAACUCGUUGUGGAUGCACGGGACACGGCCACCAUGUCCUUUGACAGGGCCCUUGUUAAAGGACAGGAAAAGUAUCAGGAGCUUUCAAUUCGGCACCACCAGCAUUCGAUUUUCUGUGCAGCCAUGGCAUAAAAAAAAGGAUUUUUUUCUUCGCAGGGAUGGUGACGAUGGCGACUGGUCUCCAUCCAAGUAAUCGGGGUUUAGGUAGUGGGAUUCUUUAGGGCUCUUAUUCUCGCGCUAGGGCUGUGGCGGGCGAUGGCGCUGCUGGGAGACGGCGCUGUGACAGCGCCAGUGUCAAUCGGAGGCGCUGAUCGCGCAGCGUGCCUCGCAAGUUUGACUUUGCGCUCGCGAUCGAGGAGAUUUAAGCCGCGAUCUCCAGCUGUAGCGGCUUGUACGUCGUCAGUGGAUGGUCGGGCUAGUUUUGAUAUCGAGGCAAAGGAUCUGUUUGUGGAGGUACGGGGUGACACGGGGCUUCUUGUACCCGUGCUCAAGAAUUGUUCCAUUCGAAUCCCGCAAGGACAGCUCUGGAUGCUCCUCGGGCCCAAUGGAUGCGGGAAAUCGACACUGCUCAAGUGCCUUGCAGGGCUGAUGAGACCCUCCCGUGGACAGAUGCGUGUGGCACAGCCAAAGAGCUUUGUCUUCCAGAAUCCGGAUCACCAGGUACCUCUAGUUGAUAGCCAGUUUUUCACUUCUCGUUGUUUCCACCAGGUUGUCAUGCCUACAGCCGAAGCAGAUGUUGCGUUCGGGCUUGGGCGCCUACAAUUAACGCAAGAGGAGGUCCGGGACCGAGUUUGGAGGUCUCUUAAAGCCGUGGGGAUGGAGAACUACUUACAGCGUCCUAUACAGACGCUAAGUGGUGGUCAAAAGCAGCGAGUGGCCAUCGCGGGGGCGCUUGCAGAGACAAGCCGGGUGCUUCUACUGGACGAGUUAACGACUUUCUUAGACGAAACCGAUCAGGUUGGAGUGUUGGAAGCUGUCCGACGAGUGGUUGCUGGCCCGCCUUCAGUAACGUCCCUGUGGGUAACUCAUCGUCUGGAGGAGCUUAACUACGCAGAUGGAGCUGCCUAUAUGGAGAACGGACGCGUUGUUUUAAGUGGAUCCGUUGCAGAUGUUGUGGACUACAUUAACCUCAAGAAAGCGGAGCUCUGACGAGUCCUCGUGCCAUGGUAUUGGAGAUUGGUGGUGUCCAGGAGGCACGAGCAAAGACUUUUAUAAUGCGGAGAAUUGUGUUCGUUAUCAAUGCCGCGGCUUUAAAAGCUCCCACGACGAUCUCCAUGAUACGGUAUGUGUUGUGUCUGCUCUACAGUGCCAGCAGAGAACUCUCACUCAUGGCAAAGCUUCCAGUGCUCGUCACUCUUCUACCAGCAGUGUUAUCAGCAGCAGCAGCAGCGCUCUCUUCGUCUCUAACAUCUCCAGAAAGCUUCCAAGCUCCGUCCCGAGUGAAGUUUUACAUGCAAGACAGGCAGCUGAUCGCGAACAGCACCGGGGUUGUAGUCGCGGCACAGGGUGGCAAUCUCACGCUCUACGGCUUUGGAACUCUGAUCGUCAUGGACGAUCCACUCACGGAGACUCCCUGCAACGAUUCCAGGCUUGUGGGACGCGGGCAGGGCAUGUACCUGGUGGAGUCGAGGUCCGACUUUCAUUUGCUCGUCUCCUACUCGGCGUUUCUUGAGACUUCCAGCUACAACGGGAGCUUGGUGUUCCAUGGCUCGUACAAGGCGCUCCAGUCCCCGAGAGAGCUUCCAGUGAUCGCCGGGACGGGGGACUUUAGAGGAGUCCAGGGAUACGCGAUUGUCACCACUGCUGUGGAUCAUGGAUUGUACGUGGUGCUCCAAGUGGACUGCUACUUGACUCAAAGAAUGUAGAAGAAUCUUUAUAUCGAAAACUAAGUUACCAGA